AAGAAGAAGGCAUCAUACUCCAAUAAGGAGUUGGAAAUUCUCUUUGAGUUCUAUUCCAACAAGGAGAUAACAAUUUUGUUUAUUCCUUCCUAAAUUUGUUGGAGUUAGAUUGCUACAAAAUAACUUGAAUUGAGCUUGUUUAGUUUAAUAACGAACUGAAAGAGGAAAGUUGAGUGAGGGAAAAAGGCAAAAGGUGUGAGCAACACUUGAGAGAAAAGCCAAGUUCCACAAUGUGCAAAACACGAGCGUUGAGUGCCAUUUUGUGAAAGAGUGGAGUGAAACAUGUAAGGGAGUGUUGUGAGGUCCUUUUAUUCUUAUGUUUCUAACAUUCGUUGCGGGUUUCAAUCAUGUCAAGUGGUGAUGACAAAUCAACCACUAGAAGACACCAUGUGGAUGAAUCUCUCAUGCUCAAAGCAAUGCAACAACAAUUUCAGAGGCUAGACAUCAUGAAUGACGCUAAUGAUGAUCUCAAUGAUGAUUAUGAAGGUGCAUUCAACGAUGAUGCCCAGAACUCAAAUUUCAGCAUGGGCAAAAUUAUGAGAGGUAGAGGGGGCCAAAGAGAGCAAAAUCUGAUGAGGUGGGGAAAUCGGCAAGAUCGUGACUUAGGUAGCAUCAAGAUGAAGAUUCCUUUGGAGUGGGAAAAAAAGGUGGAAUUGGUGUUUGAUUGCCAUAACUAUUCCGAGGAGAAAAAGCGUCCUCUUGACACUUGGGAAGAGAUGAAAGCUGUGAUGAGAAAACGAUUUGUUCCUAGUCACUACUACCGUGAUCUUUAUCAGCAUUUGAUUGCCAUAAUUUUCUUCGUUGCGGUUUAUCACAAAGAGAUGGAAAUCGCAAUGGUUAAAGCGAAUGUGGAAGAGGACAAAGAAGCAACUAUGGCACAGUUUCUACAUGGCUUAAAUUGUGAUAUAGCUAAUGUGGUAGAGCUACAGCAUUAUUUGGAAUUAGAAGAUAUGGUGCAUAUGGCGAUGAAAGUAGAAUGGCGAGCUUUAAAUGUGCAAGCCAAAGAAGAUGAUGAAGUACAACAUGACAAUAUAUUUCACACAAGGUGCCAUGUCAAAAACAAGCAUCCAAGGCCAUAUAAGCUGCAAUGGUUAAACGAUUGUGGAAAAAUUAAGGUAAAUAAGCAAGUUCUAGUUUCAUUCUCUAUUGGACGAUAUAAGGAUGAGGCACUUUGUGACGUGGUUCUUAUGCAUGCUGAACAUUUACUUUUAGGGAGACCAUGGCAAUAUGAUAGGAGGGUAACACAUGAUGGCUUCAAAAAUCGCUAUUCAUUUGUCAUGGAGGGGAAAACAAUUACUCUUGCACCAUUGAGUCCAAGGCAGGUUUAUGAGGAUCAACUGGGAGUAGAAAAAGAGACUAAGCUGAGAAAUGAGACUGAGCUUGAGGGUAUGAAAAACAAAGAGAAAACAGCAGAAAAAGAGUCCAAAAAGAGAGAAAAGAUUGAGAGUGUUGAAAACAAAGAGAGAAAAUCAGUGAGUGUUUAUGCAAAAGAAAGUGAUGUCAAGGCUGUGUUUUUUGCAAAGCAGCCUAUGUUUGUGCUUCUGUAUAAAGAUGCUUAUUUCAACACUAACGAACUUAAUGAUUCUUUGCCUAGUGUUGUUAAAUCUCUUUUGCAAGACUUCAAGGACGUGUUUCUAGAGGACAUUCCUAAUGGUCUACCACCAAUAAGAGGAAUUGAGCAUCAAAUUGACUUCAUUACAGCUGAUGGAAUUGCAGUAGAGGAAGAAAUAAGGCUAUUAAAGAAUGGCCAACAUUUAAGAAUAUUUCUGAGGAUUGGCAUUGGUGCUGUUUUGAUGCAAGAGCGGUGGCCUAUUGUGUUUUUCAGUGAAAAAUUGAUUGGUGCAGUACUUAACUAUCCUACAUAUGACAAAGAGAUAUACGCAUUGCACCCCAAGGGACAAGGUAAGUUGAAUGGACGACAGGCUAAGUGGGUGGAAUUCCUUGAGACAUUUCUCUAUGUGAUCAAGUACAAGAAAGGAAAAGAAAACAUUGUGGUUGAUGCAUUAUCUUGCAGGUUCUCGAAGAUGGCACACUUCAUUCCAUGUCAUAAAAUCGAUGAUGCAACUAAUAUUGUUGAUCUGUUCUUCAAAGAGGAGCAAUUCCUUGCACAAAGGCGCUCUAAGUUGCAACCAAGAGGCGAUGGACCAUUUCAAGUAAUUGCAAGGAUAAACGACAACGUAUACAAGUUGGAGCUUCUUGGUGAUGAUUUGAGGACAAAUCCUUUUGAGGAGAGAGGGAAUGAUGGGAAUCAAGAUGACCCCACAUGUACCACAUCAAGAGAUCCAUUACAUAUUCCAGGAGGUCCAGUCACGAAAGCUAGAGUUAGGAAGAUGCAAGAAGCUUUGAAUGGCCUUAUUGAGCAGAUCUGGGUUGAUAACAACAUGCAACAAGUAAAUCGAAGCUUGGAUGAUUAUCAGGGCAUGCUUCCAUGGGAUAUAUGCCUUGCUUUCAUACAAGCUAUGUUAGACCCAAAAAAGCUCCAAGGCAAGCUUGCCAAGCCAAAAACUAAGGUUGAGUGCUUAGGAACAAUAACCUUUACAGAUGAAGACGUACAGCUUGGAGCCCAAAGACACAAUAGGCCUUCUUAUGUGAGUGGUGUUGUUUGAGAUCACAAAGUGAAUCGAAUUUGGAUCGAUGAUGAAUCUGUUGUUAACAUAAUGCCAAUUUACACCAUGAAGAGGAUUGUUAAGGUUAAGAUAUAUUUACCCUAGUAAAAUCUUGGAAGUUGGGGUAAUAAAUCUUUAAAGUGAUA